AUGACAGCUUCAAUUCCAAACGAUGCCGAUCUUCUAGAAGGAGCCGAUAAGGAGUUAAUAGGUUCGGGACCGUUCGAACGUAACUGGCGUGGUAUUAUCAUUGCUCUACUAGUUAUCGCUGUCAUGUGCUCAUUUAUUGUAGCCACUGCACUCCUUAUCACUCCAACCAGUCCUGCUAGAACGAGUAAAGGGACACCGUUAACGUUAACAGAUAUUUUGCAUAAUACGUUACUGAGUCCAAUAGAGACAAUCGACUGGAUGGACAAUGAUCGCAUUAUGCUUAGAGCAGUAGAUUUCGUCAGAAUAGUCAACACUUCUUCAUUCCCGAUCACUUCCGAUCUUUACACCAAGGAUGACAUCCUGGGUAGACAAGGACAUAUUAAUCAGCUUGUUUUCUCACAUGAUUCUUCCUACAUCGCUCUCUCGUAUGAUGAUAAAAUGAAUGGUAACAGUAUGAAUUAUUUAAUUUAUUCUAUGCAGUCGGAAACAUUUGCAUCAGUUGGACCGCUAGGAACGGGUGAUGAGUUAUUGCAAUUAUUUGUUUGGAAUCCAACGUCGAAUGAUUUUGCAUUUGUACAUCAAAAUGAUAUUUAUUACGGCAAGGGACCUGAUGAUAACGAUAUAUAUCGGAUUACUCGAGACAACGAUACAUUGGUGUAUAAUGGUGUUGCGGACUGGAUUUAUGAGGAAGAAAUUUUCAACAGCAAUGUAGGUUUGUGGUGGUCAAAAUCAGGACAGUAUUUGGCUUUCAUCAGAAUUGAUGACCGUAGAGUCUCCUUAAUACAGUAUCCAUCAUUCGCACAGCAGCAGUAUCCGACAAUGAACAAAAUACCAUACCCAAAAACAGGUGUCAAAUAUUUACCUGAAAUUACUAUCAAUAUUUGGAAUAAGGAAAGUAAAAUAUCUCGAGAAAUGGAUAUUAUUCUUGGACACAAAAGUUUAUCGACUUACUUAUUCGCAGCCUCCUGGAUAUCACUCUUUAAUGAAGAUCUUUUGAUGGCUGUAUUUGCUAACAGAUAUCAAAAUGUUAUAUCGAUUACAAUUUGUACUUUCGACUCCGGAAAAUGUGUCCUGAAUUUCAACCAACACUACGUUAUUGCCGGACAUAAAUUGUGGGCUGAACCGGAAAGUUUCCGUAUCCGUCAUUUUUCAAACGAUUCGUAUUUUGUUAGUCUACCUGGAUAUAGUACAUCCGGUGAAAUAUUCACUCAAAUUGCUCGAAUAACUGUGUCCAAAAAUUACACAAAUGGGAAAGCAGUCUUUCUUACAUGGAGUGAUUAUGAUGUAACAUCAAUUAUUGGCUAUAAUCAGAAGGCGAAACUUGUGUACUUUAUGGCUGCCUCACCACUUCCAUCGCAAAGGCAUAUGUAUGUAACUUCAUAUUACGUGACGAGGAAUAGCAAUUCAACAAAAUGUGUGACAUGUGGUAUUGCACCAGAUUGUACAUUCCAAGACGUGAUAUUUUCGAGUGACAUAGACAAGUAUAUCCUGAGUUGUCGCGGUCCAGGCAUACCUCGAACAUAUUUUUUAUCCAUUUCCUCUAACAACUCAUUAAUCGAAGAAUUGACAGAAUGGAAGAAACUGGAACAGAAAUAUAAUGAAAAAGCUCUCGCUACAACACGAUAUGAUAAUAUUACUUUACAUAAUGGAUAUGUAGCAAUCGUGAAGAUGUUGUUACCACCAGGUUUUGAUCAAACAAUAGUCGAUGUCAAAUAUCCAGUUAUUGUUUCCGUAUAUACCGGGCCAGGUUCACAAAAGGUUACUGAAGAGAUAAGGCCGAAUACAUUGGAUAUGUUUCUAGCAUCUAAUGCAAAAUAUGUUGUCAUCUACAUCGAUGGACGUGGAUCCGGCAUGAGAGGAUGGAAAUAUAAAGAACCGAUAUAUGGCCAUUUAGGAACGGUGGAAAUUGAUGAUCAAAUUGAGGCAGUAAAGAUCUUAGCUUCUAAAUAUCGAUUUGUUAAUUCGAAGCAUAUUGCAAUCUGGGGAUGGUCAUAUGGCGGAUUUGUCUCAGCGCAUGUGAUUGAACGUGACACAAGUCAUUUAUUCAAAUGUGCUGUGAGUAUUGCACCUGUUACAGAUUUUAAGCUGUAUGAUGCUACCUACACGGAACGUUAUAUGGGUGAUGCAAGUGCACUUGCAUAUGAACGAACUAAUCUUGUCAGAAAUGUUAGCAUGUUUAAAGAAGUACAGUUUCUACUGGCACAUGGAAUGUCUGAUGAUAACGUUCAUCUGCAGAAUUCUGCACAACUAAUACGAGCAUUGGCUGAGGAGAAUAUACAAUUCCAACUUAUGAUAUAUCCAGAUGGAAGUCACAGCCUUGUUUGGGCUCGUCUACAUCUAUUCACGAUGAUAACGAAAUUUUUUGAGAAAUGCUUUCGACAUUGA